AUGGAGAGAGAGAAGAGGAAUGAUACGUCCUUCUCCAGAAAGAGAAGUUUCACUUUUGGGGCAUAUGGAAGCGUGGACAGAUUCACAUGUGGGGAUGAGACGAGACCAGAGGACAACCUACUGAACAUCCUGGACUCUCCUGCCAUUGAAAGCAAGCCUUUCCUCUCUGCCAGCAGCAAACAGAGGGAGACAGAGCUGUUUGAAAUCAUUGAAAAGCUGCAGGGCAGCAGGAUCGAUGAGCAGCGGUGUCAAUUCCCUCUACCUCUGAAGACUCAACUUUUAACGAUAGGUGGAGAACUGCCGCUUAUCCUUCUUUCGAAGUCAGGGGGCUACUGGGUAGACCCCCCACUGGAGAGGCUUGUAGAUGCAAGUCCCACCUCUUCCUAUUAUGGACUCCAUCCAGAGAGCUACGACAUCAUGGAGAGAGACGGCGAGGCCAAAAUCUACCACGAGUUUUUCCGCUCACGAUACCACCACUCUUUCACAGCAGUGGAUCAAUCUUUGGGGCCACUGGUUCUCUCUGUGUGUUUGGAGGAAGAGGAGAAUAAACUACGGGUGAUACUAAGAAUGAAGGAGUGCUCUCUGCAUGGAGUUUUCUCUGUGUCACUUUUCCCCAGCAUCCCAUCUGCGGUUGAAUUAGCAAAGAUGCUCUGUGACAGAGUGACUGUCUCAAAGUUUGAAGUGGUCAGCUACCUCAAGGCUCCAGAGCUAAUAACUGCAUUUGAUGAGCACAGAGUGUCUCCUAAUUUCAAGUUUGGCGUAUUGUACCAAACUGACGGGCAGUUCACCGAGCAGGACAUACUCGGUAACAAUGAGGAAAGUGAUGAGUUUAAGGAGUUCCUGUCUAUUUUGGGAGAGACUAUUCAGCUGCAAGGCUUUAAUGGGUUCAGAGGCGGUCUAGAUGUGUGUCAUGGCCAAACAGGAAAUGAAGCAGUCUUCACUUCCUUUCACAGAAGAGAAAUCAUGUUCCAUGUCGCAACUAAACUGCCCUUCACAGAGGGCGACCCACAGCAGUUACAAAGAAAAAGACAUAUUGGCAAUGACAUUGUAGCUUUGGUCUACCAGGAGGGUCAAACACCUUUUAUAUCUGAUAUUAUCAAGUCCCACUUCCUGCAUUGUUUCCUGGUGGUCCGCAGGGUUCAGAGGGAGGAGGGAACAGGUGAAGCUGCGUACCAGGUGUCUGUCACUGCCAGAGAGGAUGUUCCUCCCUUUGGUCCAGUCUUCCCAGAUCCUCCCAUCUUCACAGACCGCUCCCUGCUGAGAGAAUUCCUCCUGACCAAGCUCAUCAACGCAGAGAUUUCCUGCUAUAAGGCUGAGCGAUUCAGCAGACUGGAGCUCCGCACUCGUUCAUCACUCCUGGAGAGCUUGCAGGCUGAACUCUCCACCCGUUCGCAGUGCAUGAUUGGAGAUCCAUCAGUGUCUGCCCUCCCAAUUUCUGAGGGUGUGCGUGGAGCGACUGAAGGGAGCGGAGGUUUUAUUGAAAACUUUAAGAGAGCCAUCAGGGUGCGUAGCCAUUCUUUUGACACUCUUGGAGUACCAAGGAAGAUUGGGGGCAUCUCAUCACAGAAACCAAAGACAGAGAAAGAUGGAGAGAGUGACAAACCUCCAGGACCUCUGCCCACUGACAGUCUGGGAGCAGCUGAACUCAAGGAUAAAUUGAGUCUUCAAGAAGACACAUAAAAGGCAAAUGUUAAUUUGUAGAUUUUAGAUGUUAAUAUACAUAUAGACAUCACUAGCCUAUAUGUUUACUACCUUAUUAUCAUGGUGGAUGACUUAUAUAUGUAAAUAGAGAGUAAAAGUAAAUAGUAUUUCUGCAAAUAUAAUUAUUUUACUGUCAUAGCAGGGAUAUUUUAGAUUAAUUACAAUCUUUUGAAUUGUAUUUUAGUGAAAUGUACAACAUAUAAA